UAAAUCGAUUUGACUAUAUUUGUAAUCCAUUAAAUUGAGUGGUACGUGUUUAAAUGUGUGCAUAUGGCAGAAAGGAACCUAUGGAUAUGUAGUGUCGUCAUCAAUAUGCGACUCAACAGACAGCGUUGUGGGGUUGUGCGCCGGACUGUGGGGGUUGAACAACAUGGACAGUGAGGUGCAGAGGGACGGAAGAGUUCUCGAUCUCACAGAUGAUGCCUGGAGAGAGGAUAGAUUGCCAUAUGAGGAUGUGACUAUCCCACUGAGUGAACUUCCAGAAGCAGAACAAGACAACGGGGGAUCUACUGAGUCAGUCAAAGAGCAAGAGAUGAAGUGGUCGGAUCUCGCCCUACAAAGUUUACAUGAAAACACCCCAAACAUUGGCACAUAAGAUGAGACGACAACAGAAUGUGGAUUUCUAUGCGAUAUCUAGCUAUUUUUUUUUAAAUGAAUGGUAGUAACUCAUUAGGCAUGUUGUUAGCGUACAAUUUGCAUUAUCACAGCUGACAAAAAGAGUGACCAAUACUUCAGAUGAGUUAUACUGGCGCAUAUCGUGUUGUGCCUCAAGCACACAGUGAAUGUGUAGUAUAUUGUGAGCAGACAAGGGUUGUGAUGUGCAACUUUGAGUGCACAAUGGUUAGGAUUGUGAAAAUUAGAUGUAUGUUUGAUAUUUAAAUUACUGGAUGGAGUUCACAUGUGAAACCGCUUAUAUUGAUGGUUGUAUAAGCAAUAAAGACUGGAAUCAAUGAA